CAUUCCUCUCAUACUGCAGAUCGGGCAGGGGGUUGCUUCCUGCCACUUCUCUUGUACCGCUUCCUUUUUUACGGUUAAACAUGACAUUUGCGGGGAAGGACGAAGACUUUUUGGCUGCGAACAAGCUCCGUUUCCCGGAGAAAGGAUUGAAAUCCGCCGCAAAACCCACGGUUGAUCGGCAGCAGCGAGUUUUAUUAUUGUAGAGGGAGUUCUUGUGCAGCCAGAGGAGUCGCUUCAGUACGCAUUAAAGGGAAAAAAAAACAGAAAAGGAUGUUUCAUCGAGUUGAAGGAUUCGGAAAGUAAACGGAAGAAGCUCCGCCGAAAGAGUGUUUUGGUCUUGGCUUGUCGACCACCGUCUCUACAAUUUGCAGCACCUUUAGGACCUGUUGAGUGUGCCGGAAGGCAAGGACCAGGAGUUGAACCACCUGCUACCACCAGGCUACCACCAACUUACACUGGACCACCUCCUCCCACAUCAACAUCCUCCAACCCGUCUUCCUGCUCGUCCUUACCUUGACCGGGCUUCGUCUGGGGAUCCUGCUGGGCCUGCUGCAGCUUCGGAACAUGAGUAACUGUUGCCACUGACGCCCCCAGGAGAACACAGUGAGAGCAGCAAUACAGAUGUUUCGCAAAAAAGCAUCUUCCUCCUUGAGAAUGAGAAGAAUAACAGAAACCGCUAGAUGGAGUGUGGACCGUGGGCGGAGCUUGUCCUUCCAUGAGGUGCGUGACCAGCGUGAGGCAGAGAUGAGGGCAACAGCUGAGGAGUCGUCAAACAGCAACAACACUGUGGGAGGCGGAGGAGGUGGCGGCAGCACUGUCCUGCAGCGCCUCCUACAGGAGCAGAUGAACCGGAAUUAUGUUCUGCAACAGCAGCAGCAACAACAACAACAAGGAGGAGGAGGUGGAGGAACAGCAGGGGGAGGGGGAGGAGGUUACUCGGGACAGGGACAGGGACAGGUAGGCCCCUCUGAUGAUCACUCUAUGACCCCCCACAUCGCCCGCCAGGAGCCCCAGGGACAGGAGCUGCAAACGGAUAAUGGCCUGGAGAAAAUGGGAUCCACCAGAGUAGGAGGAGGGGGUGGGAGCAGUGGAGGGGGAGGAGGUUUAGGGACUGGAGGAGGAGGAGGCGGCAGCAAUGGAGGUGGUGGGAGUGGCCAAGGGCAAUGCCCGAACCCUGAGGAUCUCCCUACGUAUGAAGAGGCCAAAGUUCAGUCACAAUACUUCCGUGGCCAUGGUCCUCCUCCUCAGCCUCAGCAGCAGAACAACCAGCCCCAGCAGCCUCCCCUCCCAGCUUCGGUGGGUGCCGCCUUCUAUGUCACUGGGGUGACCAGCGCCAAGGUGCGCACUGAGGGUCGCCCGACUGUGCAACGAGUGAGUGGUGCAGGGAAGGUGCACCAGGAUGAUGGGCUGAAAGAUCUGAAGCAAGGGCAUGUUCGGUCUCUCAGUGAACGACUUAUGCAGCUCUCUCUGGCCACCAGUGGCGUGAAGGCCCAUGCUCCCAUCACCAGUGCUCCUCUCUCUCCCCAGCUGCCCCCUCCAGGGCCGCCAGGUGACUACUACAAGCCGCAGCAUCGCGGCCCCCCUCCAGACUACCCCUUCAAAGGAAUGGGUUCACCUUCGAAGCAGCAGGAGCCUGGAGGCCAUUUUUACCAGGAGCAGAGAGGGAGGGAGCACUCAAGGGAGGUACUCCCUGUCCGAUACCAGCCCCCACCUGAGUACGGCUCGUUCAGGUCCAGUAAGGAGGGUUCGGUUCACUCCCAGAGGCCCCUUCACCAGCACAGUCCCACCUCCUCUGUCACCUCUGUGGGCUCCUUGUCCCGUGCUCAGUCCUCCACCCUCAGCAGCAUGCUUAGCGCCUCCCAGUCCUCCCAUGCCUCCUUCCCCCACCAGCACCCCCAGAGCCAGGGAGAGCCCUUCCCCAGCAUGGUGCCCCGUAGUCCACAGAGUCCUAGCUCCCACCAUGCAGGGGAGCCCUUCACCCUGGGGCCCAUUCACCCACCCCUACAGAGAGGUCAUGGUUUCCCACAUGACCCCUAUGGCUCCACUUCGAGGAUGCACCAUCAGCAGCAGCAUCAUCAGUAUCAACAACAACAGCAGCAGCAGCUCCAAGCACCGGCAUCUCCCCAGCUCCAGCUGCCGGUGCAGGGUGGACAUUUCCUGCAGCCGCACUCCUACUCCCACCUGCAGGGGGAACCCUUUGCUAUGAUGGCGCGUGCCCACCAGAUGGUGGAUGUGCUGACGGAGGAGAACAGGCUGCUGAGGCAGGAAAUGGAGGCCUGCCGAGAUAAAGUCACCAAAUUGCAUAAGUUGGAAACAGAGAUCCAGUUGGUGUCAGAGGCCUAUGAAAACCUCGCCAAGUCUUCCUCCAAGAGGGAGGCUCUGGAGAAAACCAUGAGGAACAAGCUGGAGCUGGAGGUGCGCCGUCUGCACGACUUCAACAGGGACCUUCGAGAGCGCAUGGAGACGGCCAAUAAGCAGCUUGCUGCUAAAGAGUGUGAUGGCUCAGAGGACAACCGAAAAACCAUCUCCCAGCUGCUCACACAGAACAAAGAAACGCUGCGUGAAAAGGAGAAGCUGGAGAUGGAGCUGAAUGCCCUACGCUCCACCACUGAGGAUCAGAGGAGACACAUUGAGAUCAGAGACCAGGCACUCAACAACGCCCAGGCCAAAGUAGUCAAGUUGGAGGAGGAGCUGAAGAAGAAGCAGGUUUACGUGGAAAAGGUGGAGAGGAUGCAGCAGGCUCUGGCUCAGCUCCAGGCAGCCUGUGAAAAGAGAGAACAACUCGAGCACCGACUCCGUACAAGACUGGAAAGAGAGCUGGAGUCGCUACGCAUGCAGCAGCGUCAGGGAGGCUCUCAAAGCAGUGGUGCGGUCCCAUCCGAGUACAAUGCCACAGUGUUGAUGGAGCACCUGAGGGAGAAGGAAGAGCGGAUCCUGGCUCUGGAGGCCGACAUGACUAAGUGGGAGCAAAAGUACUUGGAGGAGAGUGUGAUGAGGCAGUUUGCCCUGGAUGCUGCCGCCUCUGUUGCCACUCAGAGGGAUACAUCUGCAACAGUGAUAAGCCACUCUCCUAGCAGCAGCUACGAUACGUCAGUGGAGGCUCGAAUCCAGAAGGAGGAAGAAGAGAUUCUCAUGGCCAAUCGGCGCUGUUUGGACAUGGAAAGCAGGAUAAAGAAUCUCCAUGCACAAAUCAUAGAAAAGGAUGCCAUGAUCAAAGUUCUCCACCAGCGUUCGAGGAAGGAGCCAAUCAAGUCAGAUCUGCCAUCUGCUAUGAGGCCCUCCAAGUCCCUGAUGUCCAUAUCUAACACUGGCUCCGGUGGUUCAGGACUGCUCUCUCACAGCCUGGGACUCAGUAGCUCGCCCAUCACCGAAGAGCGCAAGGACACCAGCUGGAAAGGCAGUCUAGGGGUUCUGCUGGGUCCUGAGUUUCGCACAGAGUCUCUCAGGACGGAGUCAAUCUCAUCAUCCCCCUCCCCAGUGCUUCCUUCCACUCCGAUGACUGCAGGCCACUCAAAGACAGGCAGCAGGGACAGCUGCACACAGACCGAAAAGGGCCAGAGUCAGGACACCAGCAAGCCCAGCACUCCAGCCCUUCAGAGCAUGACGCUGCCUGCCCGCCUAUCCAGUCCCAGCCCCAUCUACAUCCCUGACCGCAUAGCAGAUGUGGCAGUGUUUCAUAGCAGCACCCUGGAGCGGAGGCUCCCUGUCCAGUCCCACCCACAGCAACAGCCCCCCCCACCAACCCCAUCCACCCAACAGGAAGUGGACAACGACAUGGUGGAGAUCCUCAUCUAACCCAAUGACCUCUGGAAAAAACCAUCAUCCAAAUGAAGUUCCAUCAGAAUAAACACAGCGACAGACGUAAAUCGUCCCGCCUCAUCUUUAAAACCUGCAGCUCUGUCUGUUUUGGCAGAUCCACACCAAGACACAAUUUCAUACUCUUAUGUUUACAUGUGAAUUCAAACACUUCCAGCUUGAGCUAAGUUUUUACACAUUUCCUUAAUUCCUUCACUGAAUCACUGUUUAUCAUCAUCUUAGGAAAAACCCAGAAAUCAAAAGCAAAAAACUGAAGUGUGGCACUCCUUCUUGUCACAUCUCAGCUUUUACAGUUUUACUAAAUGUGUGUGUUAAUAUGAAGUGGACGUUCAUAGCCUCUUAUUUAUGUUUCUGAUUCCUGAGGCACUUUCGCAGAACAGUGAUGGUAAUGGAUUUAACUUUGGCGACAUAUGUUAGCAGUUGAAUUAAAGUUUACGAGUUUUUUCAGUCAUGAUGUAAGCUUGUUAAAGUUGACACAAUUAUCAUUAAUUAGAUGGAAAAUAUAAAAAACUACGCUGAAAGCCAAAAUCUUCCCAUUAAAAUUUUAUCAUAGAGAGCAUAAAAAAUCCACACCCACAUAUACAAAUGUAUUUUUAACUUUUAUAUUUAAGGACUGAAGGAUUUCUCUUUUUGUCACUCUUGGUAUUGUAUGACUCGCUGUGGUUGGUGACAAAGGCUUUGUUUAAAUGCACUACUUUUUGACCUGGGGGUUUAGUGUCGUUACUGUGUGUACAAUCUAAUAGUGACCCUAUUACUAACUGUAGCACCAGUGGCAUUUUAACAUAUUUGGGAAAUUUUGGGCGGCUUAGCAUGUAGCAUUUUUCCUUCCCAACAUGCAAGCAUAUGUUGAUGAAAAAACUGGCCUUGCAACAAGGAUUUAGAUGUAAGAGAAAGCAGCUUGUUACUUGGACAUGUGAUGAGAUCUGUAAAUUCUCCUGUACAGUGUUGCUGGAGGCUGGUAAGCUUCAUUGGACCAAAUGUCUUGGCUACCUUUUUGUUGCAUUUAUUGCACUAAUUAUUUUUGUGUUUCUUUUUUGCUAUAUUACUUUAGGACUUCUGACAUUAGGUAUUGUAUUUAUGUGUUUUGUUUUUUUUUUUUACUGUAGUUAGACACAGCACCUGGGUAAUCAGAAAUGGUGUAAACUAUAAACCAUUAUCAACUGUACAUAUAGAGUAUUUACAUUGUUUAUGUACUGUAAUGGCCUGUGUUAACUCUGCGCUGUGGAGGGAUCUGAGAGCUGAACCUUAGAGCUGGGUUACAUUUCCAGGGCAUAUUGAAUUAGUAAGUUGGGAUGCUACCUUCAACAUAGCAGACUUGUUUUGCUCCAUGGUUGGUGAAAAGUAACCUGAAGAUGAAGUGCUGCAUGGUUCAUCAAGAACAUAGCCCUCAUAAGUUCUUUAUGAAACACCCCUGAACUAAUAGACUUGCACAGGUUGGCUAGCUCCAAACUGAUUGUGUCCAUUUCAUGAAGGGAAUUCGUUUGUGUUUUGGAAACAUGGUGCCCACUGUACGACUCUGAUUGACAAGAAGGGGGGUGGAAGUCUGACAGUUUUUUGGCUGCCUGCAUGACCCCACUGGUUGGGGUCACAAUCAAGUAGCAGAGGCUCUUAAAGUAGUUCAUUCAGUAUUUCACUUCCCAUGCUUGAAGAACAAUAUGGAGGGUAUAUAUCUGUUAGUAUGAUGCAUAGCAUGUCACAAAAUUGACGUAUGUACACUAUAUUGUGACUAUUUAAUUUUUCAGCCACUUGUAUUACCAUACCUACCACCCCUGUUUAUGAUCAAAACCAUGAAAAGUAUUUCAAGACACCAUUUGACUGACUUGAGGUUUGAUUUGAAAUAACACCAGCCUUGUCACUGUUAUGCAACGUUGGACUAAGUCUGCUCUUCCAUUGGCAUAUUAAAUAUGAUUUUUGUAAGUUUUCAGGCUAGGACAAUUUUGCAUUACUUUACACUAUGCAUAGUGCAGUGUUGGGUAUGGACCAAAGGUCACAGAAUGGAUUGGUAUUCAUCCGUGUAGAUACAAUCCUUGUGUAAACUCCAUCUUAGAAAGGCAUCACGUUCACUCUUCAAUCAGAUGAAAUUAUUUUGGGAUUUGUUCAUUUCUUAAGAAUUUUGUUGAAAUAAGUGAUAAUAUUUAGAGACAAGUCUCUCCAAUCAUUUCAAGAUAUUAGCAUGAAAUUGAAUUGUAUAGUUUAAUGGAGUGCAAAUCUACCUUUGAGUGGUUUUAUGGUGGUGACAGCUGUUCAAUCUGUUCUAGGCUGUAGCAGCAAUCCAAAAACUACACUUUUAAAUCAAGCCAAGUUAUUCAGCUCAGCUAUUCAAGUCAAGAAGAGCUGUGCGUUUGCAAAAUCAAAUGUUUUUUUUUAACAUGUGGUUAAAUAUUACAUUUCCAGUGAGGUUAAUAUAGUUAGAUUCAAGAUGUCCACUGAAAACCAAAAAUCUUGGACCAAAGAAGCUAAGAAUGGUCAGCCAAUUGAUAUUACAAUUUCAGAGGCUCAGUGGGAUUAUUUCAGUAAAGACUGUUUCAUUAGAAGAACUUAACUAGGAAUGCACUGAUAUGUUGUAACUGAAUAUACCUGACGUUUGAGUGAGGACGUAGACCACUACUUAACCUCAGCCAAAAUGAUUUAUUUUUCUCCAUUUCAGAAAUCUACAAUCCUUGUGUGUGAAAUCAUUUGAAAAUCAAGUUGAUUUGCUUCCUGGCACACAACAUGAGGCAUGCUGUAUUUUGACUGAAACAUGUUUAUAACUGCCAAUCACUUUUGGUUCAAUGUUGUCCUGGUAUCCAUUGCCAUAUUAGGUAUUGGUUAAUAAAUAUUUUGACAUAUUUGCCAUCACCAGCACAUUAUUAGGUGUUGUUUAAACUGGUACUGUAAAAUAUCUAUCUGAGCAUUGUCAUGUGUCAUGUUGGGCUCAGCUGAAAUCUUGAAGACAAUGGACCCUGUGGGAAUCAUAAGGGCUCAGGUGGGAUCAAUACAGGUUUCUGAUGGUAGACUGCAACCUUACAAAGUAAUCCUUUAAAAAGCUGCUUUAGUUUCACAGUGACCAUAGUGAGUUUUGGUUAGGUUGUGAAUAGUUUUCAUGAGCCCAGUACCAUGUAAAAACAAGCGCUAAAGUAAAAGCUGCAAAAUUAAAUUUUUCACUUCUGUUGCUGGCAUUCCCUGCCUUGUAACAAACACAUUUCACUGAAUGUUCUUAUGUGACUGAUAUUUUGGGUACGAACCUUUAUUAUUAUCAGAUCAGAACAUUGUACGAAAUACAAAUAUCUUAGUUGGUUGCAAAAGAUGAAAUGCCACAUACUGAAAGGAUGUACAGUCGGGAUCAGUUCUGUGUCGGUUUAUGUCUAACACUGGGAGUUUAAAAUCUAGUCUUACGACUACAGUGUAGGUCUCCAAGAGACAUCCCAGAAUGAGCUGGGAAAAACCUACAGUUCUAAUCAGACCUGCAGUGGGUCUCUAAUUUGAGUGAACUAAGAACGCCAGCAUAAAUUCACAUUGGAGAAGUUGGAACCAGUGGACAUUUAUGCUAUGCAUAUUAUGACAAUUCAAUCAAUUAACAACAACUUUCAAAAUGGUUGCCAAUUACUUUUGUCAAUGAAUAGUUUCAUAUAGUGUUUCCACAAGGCACUUGUGAGAAUUCUUCUUUGUAAAGAAAUGUUUUCGUACUGGCACUUACAUGAACAUGCUUUAUGACAUUUUGGCAUUUAUCAUGUCGGCAAUAUGUGCUGUUAGCAUGAGGUUAGUGUUAACAAGUAAACACACCCCCACACCGUGUCUGUUUCAAAAUGAUUUUUAAUCAGAAUGUCCAUUUAUUGUACAGUGCUAAUUACAACACUGGUGAAUCCACCAGAUCUGUUUUUUAACCAUAUGAAAAGUUUGAACAGAAACUUUUUGUAACUUACAGAUAUGCAACUUCAUCAUCCCACCUGAGAGCUCACCACAGGCCUUGGUCCUGCCUCUGUUCCUGCACCAAAGCAUCCCACAGAUUACAGUCCAACAUGGACACACGAACUGGAGUAACUGCUUUUUGUGUAGGGAAAUAAAACUUUGAAGCCAUUUUCCUCAUUCCUACAAUCUAUGCAGUUACUGCCUAAAAAACUCAAAUCCUGUUGCAAGUGCCUCUACACCUGCCAUGAUAUAGAUGACUAUUAUUUUUGUGGACAAAAUUUAAGGUGUAGGAGUCGUGUUUGUCUUUACCAGGCACUUGUCAUAUGUUUCUGUACUGGCACUUCAGUCAUUAAAAGCGUUGUUGUCUCUUAGCAUGUAGAGCCUAUAUCAGCUGUCAUUCGCUGCACUUCCUGAAUGUACAGUUUUCCCAUAAUGUGACAAAUGCCUGGCAAAGAAGAGCUCAAUUCAAACUCGUGUUAAGUCUCUUUGAGAGCAGUUUUUAAUGUUUACUGGCUGUAAAAUAGUAAAAAUGUCAAUGUCAGUUGUAUUCAAUGUCUGUAUUGUUGUAGUGAUUCUUGUUUAAGGCAAUGUGUUUCGAGUUUGUUUAUAUAGAUGCUGCUUAAGUCAUUGCUGUACAAUCACAAUUCACAUAAAAGCAAUUUUCUGAUUAAUCAUCUUUUUUACAACAUUCAUCUCAUAGUUUCUUGUAUUAUGGUAUUAAGUCAUUUACUUUUCUUUCUGUAUACUUUUUUCUGACAAACUCCAAAAUAACCAAAUGUUUGUUAUACAAUAUAAAUGGGUUAAGUUAGUAUUAACUUAAUCUUUUUGUUAAAUAAAUUA